CCUGUCACUCUCGUUGUGCCGCGGCGCGAACACGGGUAGCAAGAAGGACCAAAAAUCCGCCUGGUAUCAGUUGUUGUCCCUGGAAAGACUGUUUCCCCCCCAUCACUAGAGACACCUCUCUUGUUUUAAAGUGCGUCUGCUCUUCAAGGAGAAUAGCUGUGACACAUUACAAUGCUUCAAAUAAGGGACCUCAUCUGGGGAUUGUUAUUCAUCGGCUGUGCAGCUGCCAUUCAGGUGGAAAUUACUCCACCACAAGGGGAGAUCAGCGUAGGAGAUUCCAAAUUUUUCAUCUGCGAAGUGGUAGGAGAUGCUAAAGACAUAGACUGGUACGCCCCCAGCGGUGAGAAGAUCCUUCCCAACAGGGCCGACAUUUUUGUGAGCCGCAGUGAUGAAGCCACGUCGACUCUCACCAUAUACCACGCCACCGUGGACAGUGCUGGCAUCUACAAGUGUGUGGCAAAGGAUGGAGACAAGGAAGCCCAGGCCACUGUCCAAGUAAAGAUCUUCCAAAAGAUCACGUUCAAGAGCGCUCCCAACCCGCAGGAGUUCAUCGAGGGUGAUGAUGCUGACAUAGUCUGUGAUGUUGUCAGUUCACCACCACCCACUAUUAUUUGGAAGCACAAGGGCUCCAAGAUCCAACCUGCCAAAGAUGUGCUUCCCACCAUCCGUGUCAGGCACCCAGAAGUCAACGCUACAGCAGACGUUGGUAAAUCAGCUUUACUGGCUUGUGAUGCAGAUGGCUUCCCGGAACCCACCGUGACUUGGGCACAUAACGGUGUUGUCCUUGAAGACGGCGAUAAGUACAGCCUCAAUGACGAUGGUUCGGAAUUGUUAAUAAAACAUGUCACCAAAGUGGAUGAAGGAGAUUACACGUGCAUCGCCAAGAACAAGGCGGGAGAGAAAACGGAGGAAGUCAGCCUAAGCGUGUUUGUCCAACCCAACAUUACCUACUUGAGUAACCAAACUGCUUCGGAGUUUGAUGAUCAAGUCACCCUGACAUGUCAGGCUUCCGGUGACCCGACACCUACAAUUUCCUGGAGUUUUGGAAACAAGGUCUUCACUGAAGGAGAACAGAGCGUUGAUAGAAAUGUGGUGGUGCGCAGUCAUGCGCGGGUGUCCUCUCUCACCUUGAAAAAUGUCCAGUUCACAUAUGCUGGACAGUACCUCUGCACCGCCAGCAACUCCAUCGGCCAGGACGCCCGGCACAUGUACCUGGAAGUCCGCUAUACUCCAAAGAUCCUGGGUUCGGUGACAGUAUAUACAUGGGAGGGAAACCCGGCCAACAUCAGUUGUGAGGUGGAGGCUCAUCCCGGAGCCUCGGUGGUUUGGUUCAGAGACGGCUUCCAGCUGCCCACUGCCAACAGCACUAACAUGAAGAUCUAUAACACACCAUCCGUCAGCUACCUUGAGAUUACCCCUGAUUCUCAAAACGACUUUGGCAGUUACAACUGCACAGCGACCAAUGUGAUGGGUUCUGAAUCCAAGGAAUUCCUUCUUAUCCAAGCAGAGGUGCCGUCAUCGCCUGUAAUUCAACAAGUGGAGCCUUUCUCAAGCACAGCAGUGGUAAAGUUUGAGGAGCCCGAUUCAAUGGGUGGAGUGCCAAUUAUCAAGUAUAGAGUGGAAUGGCGUUUGCCUGGCCAGGACUGGACUGGCAAGGAGGAAGAUGUUGAGGAUGACAUGACCGGGAUCACCAUCACUAAUUUGAAACCAGAAACUACAUAUGAGGUCAGGAUGUCCGCCAUCAAUGGGAAAGGUGAAGGCGAGAGCAGCCAGGCCAGCACUUUCAAGACUGAACCAGUCCGGGAACCCAGUGCUCCCAAACUGCAGGCCAAGGUGCACAGCCUGGGCAAUUCUCUUAAGAUCAACUGGAUCACACAAGAUAACGGUGGUUCCAAGAUUAAACAUUACCUGAUCCGAUACAAGGCUAAGCGUGUAUCUGACUGGAAACCAGAGCUCCGCCUUCCCAGUGACAGUACCUAUAUCGUCCUGAACAGCCUGGAAUGGAACACGGAGUAUGAGGUUCACGUGGUGGCAGAGAACGAGCAGGGCAAAUCUAAGCCCGGCAUCCUCACCUUCAAAACAGAUACAGAGCCCACAACUGUCCCAGACCCCAUGGAUGGUGGCUCAGGCAUGGGCACCGGGGCCAUCGUAGGCAUCCUUAUUGUUGUCUUUUUCCUGCUGCUGGUGGGCGUGGAUGUCAUCUGCUAUUUCCUCAACAAGUGCGGGCUCCUCAUGUGCAUUGCUGUUAACUUCUGUGGGAAAGCUGGCCCAGGCGCAAAGAGCAAGGACAUCGAGGAGGGCAAGGCGGCAUUCACCAAAGAUGAGUGUAAGGAGCCUAUUGUUGAAGUGAGAACAGAGGAAGAAAACACUCCAAACCAAGAAGGAGGAGGUGCCACCGAGCCCAACGAGACCACGCCAUUGACAGAACCUGAUGGUAAGACUGUGAAGGAUGAUAGCACUAAAGGCGAGGCGGAGGUGAAGAAUGCCACAGCUGAAGUGAAGACAGUUCCCAACGAGGCUCCUCAGAUGAAUGGCAACGAAAGUAAAGCGUAAUCUUCUCGGCCGUGAGCAGCAGGAAGAAGAGGGCACGUAGGGCUGGGAGGGUUCGGGUUGUUGGGUUUUAAGGUUAAAAGGGGUUGGUCACAGUCACUGAAACCUCAAAGCAAUUUCACACACCACCCCGUUGCAUUAGAAAAACCAACAAGAAGCAACUGAAAAAAAAAAUUAGAAAAAAGAAAACCAUUGGUCUCUUUCUCUUUCUGCAGUGUCUUCUGACCAGGAAUAUGUAAAGACCUCAUGCACUUGCCUUAGUUCCUUUACAUAAGUUUACCUGUUUAUUUGUCACAAAAAAAAAAAAUAGAUCUCUUGUAAUUCACCUUCUUUCUUUGACUUAAUAUUAAAUUGAUCAGCGGUGAAGAAUCGACAUUUUCCUGUAGAUAAACAUGGUUGGACUGUAGCUUUACUUCACUGAUUACUGCCUUCAUGAUGUACACACAUGUAAGUCAUGUACAUUACCGAUACUACUAUUGUUUAUGCAGUAUGGUCAUCAUCAUGGUAAUGCAUUAUGAAAAAAUGGGUCUUUUUUUUUCUUCUGUCGAUAUUUUUUGUGUUUGAAUAAUAUGCAGAUAAACUGCCUAUUUAGCUUUUUUUUAUGUGUUAUUUCCAGUGCUAGAGAUUAGAACAUUAGCAUGCCUGAUUUUGCAAGUUUACUGUAUUUCUGUAUGUGUUGCUGUCAUUUGGUUCAUAUUCACUUUUUUUGUUUUUGUGUGUUUCUGGUCCAGAUGUAGCCUAAGCCAUGAUAAAUGAAAGAAAACACCAGUGAAAACUGUAUCAUGCUAUAAGUACUACUAUUAAUUGGUUUCAACCCCGUUGUCCUAAAAAUUUAUAUACAGCAAUCUAAUGUUUUUUUACAAGACACAUAGCUAAUGCAUGCUUACAAAUUAUUUUAUAGAUUUGCUCCGAGUUAAGGGCAAGUCUAUAAGCAGUGCAUUAUUUGAAUUACACGCAUCAACACGUUUGGGGUAAAAUACAGAGAAAAUACAGUGAUCAUGCAUACAUUUAGACUGAAUGUAUUUGUGCAACCUAUUAUUAAGUUGCUUAUUAAGUGUAUAUAAACUUACGUUUCAGGAGACAAGUUGGGUUUAAAUUAAGCGGUGACAGUGAAGAAUACAGAAGAGUACAAAUGUGUUUCUUUGCAGUGAUUGCAUCUCUUAAAGUCCAGCUUUCAAGGCUGGAUGAAGUCUUGUUUCGAAGAAGAAUUACUACCUUAUUUUUGUCUGAAUUUGGUGAAAACUUCUGUUGCGUACUCGAUAUCAUCAGUAUCCUAAAACCCACUAGUCAUCUAUUAAUACUGUUUUCGCUCUUCACCAGCUCAAGCAAGUUAACAUGUGACCAAAUGUAAUAGAUGGAUUGAUCAUUGAUUAUAUAUUAAAUAAAUGGGAUCAAUGGAAUGGGAUGCUACAGGAUGUAAAUAAUGGAAAUCUGACUUAUGGCCACUAUUUCUUCUGGGUAGUACUUAGGUAAAUUAAGCUAUACAGAUAGAUCUGCAACUAAUAUUUUACACUGUCUGCUCUCUACCUUACAUUGAAAAUAAUGCAACUUCCUGUGUAUUUUUAGUCUCACUGUUUGACUUCAGCAAACCAUUAGUUUUAGUCCUUGUGAGUUUACCUUGGAAGCAGUAUAUAACAACACAAACCCAUUAACGUUUUUAGAUUAAUGGAGGAAAUUUACCUUUGCCUCCUUUUCUCUCACAUGCUGUCACCUCAGUCUCCGUCUCCUUUAAGCAUUCUUGACCAGCUGUUUACAUGACAGCUUUGGGCUUAAAUGUGACUCGGAGGCCAGAUGUGUUCAGUUCAGUUUGUUUGUUUGAACUUUAGCUUAGGGUUGUUGAAUAUUUGACACCGAUUUGUCUUGACUGGGCUAACCUCCAUCACUCACCGGGAGAUUCAAAAGCUCGGCUUGUUUAGAUCUGCUUACCUGUCAGUGAUUUAACCGUCUAAUCGUCUCAGCUGUUGUUUUUACACUUGCACCACAGCUGCACUCGGUGUGAGCUUGUGUUACCACUGCAUUUACCAACAAAGUCUAGUUGCUGGAAACUUUAUUAAAAAUGUCUGAAGGUUUGUAGAUGAGUUGGUUAAGUGAUCAUCUUGAUCGGUCUAUAAUUGUAACUGCUUCUUUCUAUUAGGAAACCUAAUAUCAAUCAUUCUCUGAUCAUUAUGGAAAUUUGUGAGCAUGUACAGUACAAAGACAUAGGCUGCUUGUGCAUAGAAACCCAUACCAUAAAGCUCCCGGUGCACAGAUUUUGUGUUAAUGCCAGAGGAGGUUUUAAAUUCUGCAGUUAUUGAGUCAGCAGAGCAUUGGCAGCAUUUGCACUCUAUGCGUCUCAGCACUCUGCUCUAUAACUUCAUAGGGUCUGCCAAGUCAUGGCUGAGUGGCUGUGGUUGCAAAACCUUUCCACUUACAGCUUAUUGGGGGAAAGGGAAGAAAUUUCGCAAACUGACUUGUUGCAACGGUGGCAUCCUAUUACAGCACCACGUUCAAAUUGAGCGAGCGCUUUAGAAUGACCCAUUUUUUCACAAAUGUUUCUAAACCAGACUGUGUGGCCAAGAUGCUUGAUUUUAUACAUCUGCAGCAGUGGGUCUGAAAACGCCUAAAUUCACAGAUUUUUUUUAAACCAAUAAAAAUAUCCGAUCUGUCACAGACCGUAAGGAUUUCUAAAGAAAAAUGUGAUUUAAAAACCUGGAUUAGUGACUUGAAAUGAAUGUACACUCUAACCUUUUCAGCAAAUCUUAACGAACUUGGCCUCUUUUAAGCAGGAAUUAAAUGUAUCCUUGGAAAUGAAAGAUCUCGUCAUAUGUUUAGAAGUUCACCGAAAACAUUUUUUUCCACACUGCUAUGGAUUCGAAAGGUAAUGAGACUGUGUGUGACCUUUUUUGUACAGUGUUCCUCCUACUUUAGGCUGCAAGCUAGUACACUGAAUGUGUGAAGCCAUUGAGUCCUUUGUCAUAGAGUUGAAAUAGCUUGUGAAACAUGUAGCUGAUAGUAUGCGGCAGAAUUAGCAACACCGAUGUACAGAAGUCUGACAGCAGCAAACUGGAAAGACACAGUGCCUUUAAAUAUGAAAAUGUUGGCAUGCGAUCAGUUUCUUUCAGUGUCUGCAUUAAACAUUUCACAUCUCCAUUUCCCUGCUGAUUUGCUUUUUCAUUUACUGCAUUUGAUUUGUUAAUUAAGCCGAGCUUUGUCGUCUCAUAAAAGUCUUAAAUGGCUGUAUCGUUGUGUUAUUAUGAGUGCUUGCAGUGUCCUUGCUGAAGGAGAAUUCUGGUUUAUUAUAAUUUGGUCUUGUAUACAGUAUUUAUGUUUGGUCAUCACUUCUGUCAUAAUAAAUGGAAAUUUCAAAUGCCUAAAUACACAUGUGGUGUAGAUCUUUAUAAUUAACCUCCUGUCAUAACUAAUACAAGUCAAAACUGUAAUAAACUGAACUGGGGGGAGGGGCGCAAACUGAGCUGCAAUCCUUGAAAACUUGCACCAUAUUACAAAGAUGUUUCGUAAACACUGACAUUGGAGUACAAGGCACAUUGACGCUCAGGUCUCACAUUCUCUAUAAUAUUUGAAACACAUUUGUCUAAAGCAAGCAUGCAACAUAUAUUAGAAGGAUACUACUACGUAAUCACUUUUGCUAUGUAAAAACUAUUUAUGGCUUAAUGAAUUGUAUUGACCCCGUGUUGUGUAACUUUGUCCUGUUUGCGCAAUUUUGCUUCAAAAGAAACGUGAUUUUCUUGCA